CACAUAUGCACGGUUCUCUGUCAGCCUCCAGCUCUGAUCUGAGUCCAGUUCUACUGAGAACCUUUAGAUCGGAUCCUCUUUAAUGAAUCUGGAUCAGCGUCGUGUCCUCACAGCUGCGGUUAAACGCGGCGGCCGGUCCUCACAAAGCUACCACUGUCCGCUCUCUCUCACACACACAAACGCAGAGAUCCUGCCUUUGCGGAAGCCGGAGGAGCCGAGGCGGCGCUAAAUUAAAUUAGCAUACUAACUAUCUGUGAACGGACGGACGGCCGAGCGGAGCUGCUCGACACUCACUCGUUUCCUAAAUUCAAGACUCCAGCGGGUCCGGCCUCAUUUUGUCGGGAUCUUCCUGCCGUCCGCCUGCCGAGGAGAUGGGGGACAAGGCGGGCACCAGAGUUUUCAAGAAGUCGAGCCCCAACUGUAAGGUAACAGUUUAUCUGGGAAAGCGAGACUUUGUGGAUCACCUGGACCACGUGGACCCAGUAGAUGGAGUGAUCCUCGUCGACCCCGAAUACCUGAAGGACAGGAAGGUCUUCGUCACGCUCACCUGUGCGUUUCGAUACGGACGUGAAGAUCUCGACGUUCUGGGUUUGUCUUUCCGGAAGGAUCUCUACAUCUCAACCUUCCAGGCCUUCCCUCCGGUGCCUGAGGAGCGUAAACCCAACAGCCGGCUGCAGGAACGUCUGCUGAAGAAGCUUGGCCAACAUGCACAUCCCUUCUACUUCACUAUUCCUCAGAACCUCCCCUGUUCAGUCACUUUACAGCCCGGACCAGAGGACACCGGGAAGGCCUGUGGGGUCGACUUUGAGAUCAGAGCUUUCUGUGCCAAGUCAAUAGAAGAGAAGAUCCACAAGAGGAACUCAGUGCGUCUGGUGAUCAGGAAGGUCCAGUACGCUCCAGAGAAGCCUGGUCCUCAGCCCAUGGUGGAGACGACUCGCAGUUUCUUGAUGUCGGACAGAUCUCUGCACCUGGAGGCCUCUCUGGACAAGGAGCUGUAUUACCACGGAGAGCCAAUCAGCGUCAACGUCCACGUCACCAACAACUCCACCAAGACGGUCAAGAGAGUCAAGAUCUCUGUGCGUCAGUAUGCAGAUAUCUGCCUGUUCAGCACUGCCCAGUAUAAAUGUCCAGUGGCCCAGCAGGAGGCAGACGACCAGGUGUCGUCCAGCUCCACCUUCUGUAAGGUUUACACUCUGACCCCGACGCUGGACAAGAACCGAGAGAAGAGAGGACUGGCUCUGGACGGGAAGCUGAAGCACGAAGACACCAACCUGGCCUCAUCUACCAUAGUGAAGGACGUCACCAAUAAGGAGGUUCUGGGGAUCCUGGUUUCCUACAGAGUCAAAGUGAAGCUGGUGGUUUCUCGUGGAGGUGACGUGUCAGUGGAGCUUCCCUUCAUCCUGAUGCAUCCUAAACCUGUGGAGCCGCCGGCGUCUCGUCCUCAGUCAGCUGUUCCUGAGAUGGACCCUCCCAUCGACACCAACUUGAUAGAAUUCGACACAAACAGCAUCUCCCAGGACGAUGACUUUGUGUUCGAGGACUUUGCUCGUCUGCGGCUGAAGGGUGUGGUGGACGAUAAGGACGAGGACUGCUGAAUCCUGGAUCCGUUCAGCUACAUUCCCUCUAAGGAGGAGGAGGUUUGGAGGCGUCCUGCUGCUCUUCCUGCUUCGUCUCGCCGCCGUCGUUCGUCUCCAUCGUUCCUCGUCGCGUUUUGGCUGAAGGCCGGAGGUGUUUGUGGGCAGAGCCUGAAGGAAGCAGCGGCGCUCGUCUUUUAUUUUGAAACGUUUCUGAAUGUCGACCGUUUUCUCGCCGUCUUGUACAAACAGAAUCUAUAUUUGAAAAAAAGAAGUCUACGAGCAGUCGAGAGCCGCUUUGUUUGGUUUGUUUCUCUUUCAGUGAAUCCUGUCGACGCUUUUUAUCACAAACGCUCACAGAAGUCUUACACGAUUCACCAGCAUCCUCUCGCCUCACGUCUUCACAACGAUUCCUCCUCGUCAGACCUUUAAUCCUCCUCAUAGCUGCAGGAGACGCUCCGGGUUUUAGUCAACAAACGACAGAACGAGAUAAAAACCAAGAGGCUGGGUUUGGUUCCUGAUCAGAAUAAAAGAAUAAAAGUCAAGAAAUAAUCUGCAGAACCACUUUAGGGUCAGAAAGAAAGAAAGAAGUUUGUAGAUCCUUGAUUUAUCCAUAAACCUAAAGAAGCAGGACGAAGGAACAUCAAGAAGAAAUUUAGGCUUUUUUCUCACUAUUUUCACUUAAAUCAUUUGAUUUUCUAAAUAAAUUUCCAGACAAAUAACCAACAAAAUGAAACUUUUUUUCCCUUAAACUGCAUUUUUAUUCUCAGUUUUUGGCCUCAUUUCUAGUUAAACAGGAAAACAAGCAGAAAAACAUCUGAAGUUUCUGUUCAAAAUUCAGUUUAAAUGAAUAUUACACAAAUAAAAGCUUGGUAUUUUCAGAAUAAGAGCCCGCUGUAGAGUGUAAACGGUGAUUUUAUCUUAGCUAAAAGUGAAACUAGUUUGUAAAUGAAAGUUUUCUGAGUUUCUUCUCUUCAGGUUGGAAUAAACGAUUUUUUGCACAUUUAGUUUUUCUGUCUGGUUCUGGAGUCUGAGGUGAAACUUUAAUGUCUUUUGUUGGUUUUUGUCUUUUCCUUGAAUUUGUUGACAAAAGUGAAAUCAGUAAAUUUAACGACGUCUUGGCUUCAUGUUUCUUUGUUCUUUUCACCAUUCAGAUAAAAGUUAGUUUUUGUUUCCAUGAAGGAGCUGAAUUCACUUUAAUGAAACGCUGUUGCUCAAACUUUUACUUUGAAACGGUUUAAAAACAAACACUGACUUUGAGUUUCUACUGAAGGUUUUUAAACGUUGCAGGAGAAUCUGCUGCUCGAUGGUUUUUAUCGUCCAGAUGCUCCAAUAGUUUAAUUUGUGCCUUCAGCGCCUCGCUGCUGCCAACGAGUCGAUUGUUUGCCAAUUAUUGCUCAGUUUAGUCAUGUUGUGGCUAAAAUGGUUUAAAAAAUGCCAACAUUUCUGUUUCCGUUUUCUUCAAACUAAAUCAUUUUAUCUCCAAUAACUUGUCUCUAAAAUUUCACUUUCAAUACAAAAAACAUUUUUUUCUUUUCUUAAACGUCUGAUUUUAAGUUUAAAAUUAAAACAAUCCUUUAAAAAAAUCUUUUCGUCAAUAUUCUGUUCCUGUCAUUUUUUUUAAAAAUUAACACCAAAAAACGGUUUAAAUCUAAACUUUAAACUGAAAUAUUCUCCUGAUUUCAUGAUUUUUAUUGCUCAUGAAUAAUUUUUUUUGGAGAAAUUCUGACUUUAUUCUUGUAAAAUUUAAGAAUUUAGAACCCAAAAGUGUCUUCAUUAUCGUUGUUUGACUAAUUUUUGUUAUAUUUUGAUUAUUUUUAACUGAAUUUAUUCCUGUAAUGUUCUUUGACAAAUAACUUUAUAAAUUUGUCUGUAGUUGUGGAAACAAGAUAUUUAUGGAUUUAUCUACAGAUUGGAGCUUUAACUGCAGAUUUAUUUGACUUUUUAAAACUGUUUUUGCUCCAAAAAAUGAUCAAAAUGAUUGUUUAUUGAAAAAUGUCUUAAAGUUCUGGUUUCUCCUGAAUAUUUGGGCGUUUUCUCCCAGAAUUCCAGUUCGGUGAUAAAUUAUUGAUUGAAGACCAAAGUCGAUCGGUGCCAUGAAACCCUGGAGCCACCAGCAGCAGCAGCGUCCCGCUAAACGUUUAAAACCUCCACGUUUAUCUCCUCCUUUCUCUAAAAACUCAAGUCCUCGUGUUGAUUUUCAAAAUAAAAGCCUGCACAGUUGGACGGUUCUGGAAUUUCUGCACUUUGAUCGAAGACAAACCCUCAGUUUCUGCUUUUUGAAUGUUUGAUCGUUCGGACGCCGUUCGAUCGUUUAGACGCCGUUUUUCUAAAUCGUUUUUUUACCUCUAAACUGCCAACUUCCCUCCUCCUCCUCGUCCAUCUUUCGCUCAGACUGUCAGAAGGGAAGAAGAAGCCGACGCGGAGCAUGUUUUUAAUUUUUCGGAUUUCUUUUUUUUAUUUUCCAAGCAGUGCUGUGAAUCGUACGAGCUGUGAUUCUGUCCUUAUUUUGUCGUGCAUAUGUGGGGUAACUUUGCUAAGUGUGAAAAUAUUUUGAAUAAGUGCCACGCCCCGGCCUGUGCGAUGCUACCAUACUGUCUAUAAACAGGAAGUGAUUCUGCUGGUGGACCGACGCCAGAAAAGAUAGAAUUCUGAUUAUUAUGCUUCUGAUUAUUAUUAUUAUUAUUAUUAUUAUUAUUAUUAUUAUUAUUAUGGUGACUAUUAUUAUUCUACUGUAUCAUCACUGCGACCAUGAUUAUCCUCAUAAUCAUUUAAGAGUCUAUUGUUUUGCCAUGUAUUUUUUAUUUUGAGAUUUUUAUUUUAGUUUUCUUUUUAUUAUUAAAGGUAAAAUGAACUAACA